AUGGAUAUUUCAUUUCUUUGUAUGGAUAUUUCAUUUUCACCGAUAUUACCAAAUGAAAUGAUUGAUCGUAUAAGCAAAGAAUUAUCUGGAAUAGACCUAUUUCAUUUCACAUUAGCUAAUCACUCCGCUCUUAGUAUUAGCAAUUAUCAUUUAAUACAAUUACUUUAUUUACAACCUGAUCUUUCAUUCGAUAAAGAAACGAAAUCAUUACUUGAUAUGAGAAAAUCACCGCAUUUCAUUUCGGAAAAUGGUAUUAUGCUUACACUAUCCUCAUACAAAUGGAAUAAUUUUGUUUAUGGAGCAUUUACAUUAACAAUAAUCGAAAAUACAUUAAAGCAUCAUUCUACAAACCUGUUCUACCUUCUCGAACCACGUAUAUUAACCAAUGAAGAAUCUAUACUAUUCAAAAUUUGGGACAGCAAUCAAAAUAUAUCAAAUAUUGUUAUCAACUUGAAUCAAUUCAUUGAAAAUCUCACUUGCCGAUAUGAAUAUGAUACUUGGAGACCUUAUAUUGAUUGGGAUAUAUUUGUUAUUGCUGGUGGUUCAAUCUUUUCGUCUUUACUUGUCGAACCUGUAACAAAAAAUACAUCUGAUAUUGAUUUACUUUUUUUAAAACAAAAUUCACGAUUAUUUAAAACUGCAGAUUGUUUGCAAGCAUUGAAUUCUGGUCAUACAACAUGCUAUGCAAUGCCAGUUACUACAUCGCAAUAUAUGAGAAGAGUUUCACGUUUACUUAAAUAUCAACAACGUGGAUUCAAUAUUCUUUGUCCAGAAGAAUUCGAUAUAAAUGCAUUUCUCGCUACAAGCAUUGAACACUGCAACGAAUCUCAGCUUGAAAAAAUGUAUCGUUUUCGAAGACGCCAUUUCAAUGAUAACUAUGAUUCAUUCUGUCUACAGAAAAAAUUUUGCAAACAUUAUAAUUUAACAUAA